UCCUCCGUCCCCAUGGUGUCUAAUUCUCUGGCACUGCCCCAGGUUGUAGGCCUCACUUGACCACAACAUGUGCAGCUCGGGGACAAUCAAGCUAAAGAGCUCUGAGACAAUUGCCCCUGUCUGAGCGCUCUUGCCUUGGUGCUAUCACACUCCGGAGAGAACAAAACACAUGAGAGGCGCUGAAGGAACAGCAGCUUCAGACAAAGCUUCCUUUCACCACGCCCGUUCCUGUGUCAGCCUGGGGUCUGUGGAGAAGCAGCGACAGCGGAAGCGUCAUUCGAAGAACCCUUAGAUGUGAUCUCCUCAUCACAAGUGCCGCCGACUGCCACAGAAGGGUGGGCACUGAGAAUAGUGGCACCUACCAAGGAGUUCUCACAUUUUCAGACCUAAAGGAUCCCAGGGGCUUGUGUUUCCUGUAGCUGUCACUGUGUCAGACAUUUUAGGGGUGUGUCUAGCUAGGUUGAGGCCUUAGCAACUUCUCAGCUACACCAUGCUUCUGCCCCACAAAUGAUAGGAACUUGUGCUGGGGAUUCGAGGAAACAUGUUACAAUUGCAGAUGGGGGUGGGGUGGGCUCUCACACCAGCAUAAGAAGAAAUCAUACACAGGUGUCCCUCCUGUCCAUCACACACUCUGUUGUGUGUAGAGAUCUGGCUGGAGAAGCAAGCGAGGAGCCAAAGAAAGAUGAAGUUUUGAACUUCAGGGUGAUGGACUGAAAACCGCUGUACCGACAUGAGCUGGAGUCAGCAGAGAGAAGGGAGCCUCAGUUGAGAAAAUGUCAUCAUAAAAUCUGGCUAGAAGACAUUUUCUUAAUUAAGGAUUGAUAUGGGAGGGCCUAGUGCAUUGUGGGAGCAACACCCCUCCAUGGCCUCAGCAUCAGCUCCUGCCUCCAGGUUUGUGCCCUGUUUGAGGUCCUGUCCUGACCUCCUUCAAUGAUGAACAGCAAUGUGGAAGGGUGUAGUUCCUCAGAUCAUGGCCACAGACCUCUACACUGACCGCACGGACUUGAAGCGGCCUCUCCCGAGACGUCGCCUAGCACAAAGCCCUCACCAACAGCCACAGCCUGAGGCCAAGUCAGCAUCCCCGCCCAAGGCCUCAAGCGCAUUCCCUCCAAGGUCCAACGCCUACCUGAUUAUAGGCUUGCAAAACGAGCUGAUCAAACGUGGAAUCUUGAAGAACAUGAGCGACUAUGAGGAUUUCUGGAAGCUGGUUCAGGAGAAAACUCCAGGAGAGGAAAUUAAAGAGAAGCUCCAGAAGAUAAAAUUAAAGUUGAUGAAUCCCAGGCCCUGGCUGCCAGCUGCUUCUAAGAAACAGGAAACCGGGAAGCCAGUCAAUGCCGAUCAGGACAGUGGGGCAUGCCAGGAGACACAGAGUCUGCUUUCUCGACUCACAGAAUGGAGGAAAAGGUGCCAACAGCAUGAAGUGUCUCAGAGGCUGCAGCAAGGGCCUGAGGAGAGCAAGAGUAUGAGUAAGACAAAGAUGGAUUCCCGAGGCAAGAUAUAUCUUAGUCGGUUGUACCAGAUGUAUUCCAGAUCCCUCGCUAACAUGGAAUUCUCCAGAAGACUGCUGGAGAGAGACGGCCGCUUUGCAGACAUGCACGCUGAGCACGGAGCUGGAGGUCUGGUGGAUUACAUGGUCCCAAGUGGACCUUUACAGGCAGAUGCUCCCCCCAGAGAAACGGAGGUGGCCGACCCCCUGGCCCCUGACCAGCAGCUUCGAGCACCACCUGCCCUCCGGUUUCUGAAGAACAAAAGCCCAGGAAGUCCACAGAGAAGUUCCUACCUGAAGACAGGAAGACACCAAGUGACCCUGUGCGGCAUGAGCAAGCUUUCAGAGCAGGAGAGGGGCACAAUUGCUCCUGCCCGGAUAACCACAGAGCCUGUGAGGAGCAAACCUGCUCCUGCCAGGGUGAGCCCAGACCCCAGGCCCGCAGUACCCCUGACCCUGGAACAUAUGAUCCAGACCCAUCCUGUGGUGGAGGUUAAGACAGCAGCGAGCCGAUACUGGGUAAACUAUGUGGAUGAAGAAUAAGAUUUUAUAUGGCCACUAGCUGUCAUUUCCAAGCAGGAAAUGACAAUUUUCCUUUUCUUUGGUCCAACAUUACCAUAUGCAGAGGAGUAAAGCGAUAAAAAGAUGUGCAUGAAAUACCUGGCAUGGGUGCUUCAAUCAUUCUUUCGUUAGAAAGGUGGCACCAUCGUGUGGAACCUAGGACCAUGAAUUCAGAUGGUGGAGAUGGUCGGACACAGACAGCACCGUGGGUGUUGUUUGCAGGCUGAGGAGAUUUAAAAAUGGGGCUUCAGCCAGUGGCUUUCAGUUCUGCUGACUCGUGGUCCUUCCACCCGGUGCCCUCUCUGUAGUGUCUUAAAUGAAAGAAGCUGUUUUCUUUCUUAAAAAAUUAUUUUUAAGAAAGCGUUCAAAUUAUGAGGAGGGAUGAGGAGGCAUGAACAUGAAUCAAGAUGAAAUCAAAUGAGCUUUAUGAGCUAGAAAAAUAUAACUUGGAAGCAGUAUCCAACAAGUGGCUAGAUCAGGCAUGCCUGAAGACACAGCGCAUGAAGUAGAUAGGCCCAAGGCAUGAUCACGUGUGUAGCACUGAGAGACAAAGUGCUGGUCUUAAUGGGCCAGUGGGGUUUAAUCCCAGGCCCAGCAGCAACGGUGGAGAAGCUGUGAAAGGUGCAGGACAGAAGAGAAAGAGAUUUCCAGAGUGGGUAGGAAAUAUCAACCCUCAGAUUUAGGGAGCCCAAAGAAUCACAAACACUAGUAAAAAUGACAGCACCGGCUGGGGAUGUGGCCCAGCGGGAAAGUGCUUGACCUGCAUGCUCAAAUCUCUGGGUUCAGUUCCCAGCACUGUAAAAGUAGUAGUAAAAAUAUUGGGCUCUUGCAGAAGACUUGGGUUCAAUUUCCAGAACCCAGUGGUGGUUCACAGCUGUUUGGGAUUUCAGCGUCAGGGAAGCCGACGCCCUCUUCUGGCUUCUACAGGGACUGCAGGCACAUGGUGCACAGUGCAUGAAGGCAAAACACAUAAAAGAUGAAAAACAGAUUUUAGAAAGUAAUAGUUAAAAAAGCUCAGCCAGGUAUAGAGCACACACCUUUAAUCCCAGCACUCAGGAGGCAGAGGCAGGGGGAUCUCUGUGAGUAUGAGGUCAGCCUGGUCAAUGGAGCAAUUUCCAGGAAGGCCAGGGCUACACAGAGAAACCCUGUUUAAAGAAGAAGAAGAAGAAGAAGAGGAAGAGGAAGAAAAAGAAGAAGAAGAAGAAGAAGAAGAAGAAGAAGAAGAAGAAGAAGAAGAAGAAGAAGAAGAAGAAAGUUCACAAGAAGAGUGAAGAUCCUUAAAGUUCCUCCUAAAGCCAGAGAAAAAGGCAGAUCUCACCAAGGAGUAACUCCCAAAGUGCGGGCAGCUUCCGAGUGGGAAUGACAGCAGACUCUUAGAGAAUCAUUUCAACAAGAAGUAGAAACACUCCUAUAACAAGCCAAACCCAGUACUUUAUUUCUCCCUCAGAGAAAGUAGAAAACGUUAGGCACGCCAGUUCAGCUGUCGAAUUCUGCAGGUAUAUAAGGAGGAAACAGUAGAACUUAAACACAGAUUCUCUAGAGAAAGGGCCAAAGGACCAGCCCCCCCCACCCCCCGUUCCUCCUGUGAGGGGAGCGUAUCCUGGGCCACAAAGCCGGAGCCACGCAGUUGUCGCUCACAACAUGGACAAUGCUCAUAAAAGUACAGUGACAAUCUAAUCUACUAACAGUCUGGUCAUCUCCAUAACUUCUUCCCAUGGGAAAAAUAAUAGCAAAUUAUGAAAGGAGGAAAAAUCCUUGAACUAAGUAUGGGUUUAAAUAUACAUAUGUAAAAAAAAAUGGUGUGUUUAGCAGUGACAUAGGACAGGCUUUUCUUCUGAGGUUAGGAACAACACAAGGAUUUUCAUCAGUUCCACUCUUGUGCAGUAUUGUACCAGAAGCUUGACCCACACAUGGCGAAAAGAAAGUAUAGCACUAUUAUCUUCUGUAAGUUUUAAUUUUUAUUUUAGGUGUAUAGAUGCCAGUGUACCAUGUGCAUAUGGUGCCUGAGGAGGCCAGACAGGGUGUUGGAUCCCUGGAACUGUAGUUACAGGUAGUAAGCUUCUGUGUCAGGGCUGGGAGUUGAACCUGGGUCCUCUGGAAGAACAGCCAGUGCUCUUACCCUCUGGGCCACCUCUCCAGCUUCAUCUUAUACAGUUUAACUGCUACAGGAGAACUUAACUGGGUUUAAUUAUUGCAAACAUUUCUUCUGUGAGGAAGUAGAUGUUUGUUUCUAAAGACAGGGCUUCUCUGUAUAGCAAAGCUCCAGCUAUCCUGGACUCACUUGGUAGACCAGGCUGGCCUUGAACUCACAGAGAUUUGCCUGCCUCUGCCUCCUGAGUGCACUACCACCCCUGGCUAGCAGAAUUCUUCUUUUAAAGAUUGAACUUUUAAAUGUGUGUGUGUGUGUGUGUGUGUGUGUGUGUGUGUGUGUUUGUGUGUGGUUGGCCAGACAUGUCCAAUCUCCUGGUGCUGGAGUCACAGGUGGUUGUGAACUGGGGCUACGUAGGUGCUGGGAAACAAACCUGAGUCUUUUGCAAGAGCAGGUAUACUCCAAAGCACUGAGCCAUCUCUCCAGCCCAGUAAACAGAACUUUAAAGCUACUUGAAUAGUGUCUUCUAACUUUAGGUGAGGCUCUGUCUCAGUCUCAGAUGGUCCAGAGGAGGAGAAGACCCCAAGUUCUGAGCUGCUGCUUUCAGGUUCCUUGGAAGGAAGGUAGAAGUUGUCCUCCGGUCUUUGUUUUCUUGUCAGCAUCUGUUGAUGGCUUACUUCUUCACCCCUGGCACCUGGGAGCAGGGAGCUGGUAUUUCAGGAAUACAGUCUCAGUCACCUUCCCCAUCUCAAGGUGACACUCUGUGCUUAAGUUUAAGAGAAAGUAGGAAAAGCUGUCACCUUGGAAGAUUUGAUUAAGUUGAGGGAGCACUUAAAUAAAUAUUUAAUGAGGCUAAUGGACUGUCAAGUCAUAUUAGAAAUAGAAUUGUAAUCUGUAGAAGUGUAUAUUCCCAUGGCUGACUUGUCUGAGCUCUUGGGAAAAUCGGAAAGUGAGUUACAGAGUAGAAUUAGGGGUGAGUUCAGAAAAUAAGUUUGUGGCAUUCCUUCAGUACGUGGAUGACAGAUAUGUUUAGUAAGCUAUCAUGUCAUUAGUCCAAUAAGAAUAUUCAUGGUGUGUGUGAGGGGUGAGGAGGGAUGAAUCUCAGACCUUUAGGAUGGUUGAGAUGGGAAAAUAUUUUGAGCCCAUGAAUUCAAGACCAGCCUGGUCAACAUGGUAUUGAGGAAGAAAAACACAGAAGGAAAGAACAAAUGAAGGAGAGGUAGGAGAAAGGGGAGGGGGUAAGAAAAGAAGGAAGGAGUCAAGGGAGGAAGAAAAAAUGGAAGGACAGGGAAGGAAAAAAAAGGAAGAAAGACUGCCACUUUCCCUCCUCAUCAGCCAGUGAGCAAGAAAGAACCAAGAAAAAUAAGUAGUCUAACUAAGUGCAGUCUGUUAACACCAUUCGAAGCACCAGACAUCUGUGUACACAGCACAGUCCCGGAAGGUUGCAGAUAAGCUGAACCUGUUUAUGCCAGUUAAGGGACCAGAAGUGUUUAAGAUGUCAGGAGUUUUGCAGGUUUUGAAACCUUUUUACAGACUUUCAUGGUUGAGCAUCUCUCAAUGUCUGUUUCUUAAAUACCUUGUAGCCAAGGCUAGAGAGAUGUCUCAGUGGUCAAUAGCCUUUGUUUCUCUUGCAAAGGACCUGGGUUGAUUCCCAGCACCCACAUGGAAGCUCAUAACCUUCCAUAAUGCCAGUUCUAGGGGGUCCGAUGCCCUCUUCUGACCCUUGUGGGCAACGCACAGGUGAUAGGCUUUUGUACACACAGCCAGAAUACACAAACAUUUAUAUGAUAAAUCUUAUGCUAAAAUAAUCUAACAACAACAACAAACAAACAAACCCCAUCUUGCAACCCAGUCAGAAAUGCUGAGUGGCAGCCGCAGAAAUGGUAGCUGGAUAGGAAAGCAAAGCACAUCCUGUGAAAAUCUCAGUGUGCUUUUCUGUUUCUGAAGAACUCUGGGUCCCCAGCUGGCAUGGAGCUGCAGUUCCAUAUGUCCUAGUGGACUGGAAUGAUGCCAAAGCUGGAGGGGUGACUCGAUGCCCUCUUUGGACUUUCAUCCAUUGGCUGUGUGAUCAUCAGCUCGGGCACCAACUUCCAAAAGGUGUUCAAACCUGGACUGAAAAUGAAGCCAUGGGGGCUGGGGAGAUGGCUCGGAGGUUAAGAACACUCCUGCUCUUCCAGAGCACGGGGUUCAAUUCCCAGCACCACAUGUCAGCUUGUAACUGUCUGUAGCUACAGUUUCAGGGGGACCCAAACCUUUCCGCAGCAGUAUGAGUUUAAUUCCUGGAGUCCACGUGGCAGAAGGAGAGACCUGACUCCUAUAAAUUGUACCCCAUUUCCAUGUGAGUGUAGUGGAACAUGUAUGCCACACAAACACACUUACACACAUAGGCACUCAAUGUAAAAUAUAUGUCUGCACACACACACAUAAUGUCUCAUUUUGUACCUCUGUCUGCCUUGGAGACUUGGAACAGGCUAUGUAGACCAGGCUUAGCCUCAAACUCACAGAGACCUGCCUCCACUGUGGCAUUAUGUGUACUACCAUGAUUGAAAAAAACAAAAAAACGACAAUUUUCUUUUCUUUUCUUUUUUUUUUAAAUAAAGUCGUAGAGAACUGGAAAGGAGUUUAGUUCCCAGUGUUCAUUUCAGCUCACAACUGUCUAUAACUCUAGCUCCAGGGAAAUCUGAUCCCUCUGGCUUCUAUAGAUACCUGUGUGCCUUAGUGUGCAUGUGUGUGUGUACAUAGACACACACACACACACACAGACACACACACUGAAAGGCUCGUUCUAACAUAGACCUCCCAUUUUUUCCUCUUAACUCCUGCAAAGCUGUCUGCUUCAGAUUCAGCCACCUUGUCUCUUUGCCUUGCUUAGUAAAGAAUUACUCUGUGCUGGAAAUUGGUGUUUGGGUGUGGCCUGUGUCAAGAAAGGACCACCUUUUACUACUCAAGUCCCUUCACACAUAAUUAAAAAUAAAAUAUAAAAAGAAAAAAAAACGUUAAGAGAAAAGCCAGAUUUUCCUGCUCGUGUCCUCUUUUGAACUAUGUGCUGUUAGUUUUUUUGUAAACUUGACACAAGUUAGAGUCAUCUAAGAGGAGGGAACCUCAAUUGAGAAAAUGCUCCCAUAAGAUUAGCCUGUAGGGAACUCUUAGGACAUUUUCUUCAGUAAUAAUUGAUGUGGGAGGGAGACUGGUGCUCCCCUUGGCCUGGUGUCCCUGGAUUCUAUAAAUAAGCUGGCUGAGAAAGUCAUGCAGGAGCAAGCCACAAAACAGCAUUCCUCCGUGGCCUCUGCUUCAAGUCCAGCCUCCAGGUUCCGGCUGAGCUCCUCAACUGACCUCCCUGCAUGAUGGAACAUAAGUUGUAAGUGGAACAAACCAUUUCUUCCCAUCUUGGUUUUUGCCCUGCUGUUUUAUCACAGGGAUAGAAACUCUAACUAGACAGAAAUUGGUGCAAAGAGUGGGGUGUUGCUGCGACAGACCUGACUGUGUUUUGGGGAAGAUUAUGGUGGUGUUUGAACUUUGGGCUGGAAAAGCCAUUGCGUGCUCAGCGGGCUGUUCUUUGGGAGCCUGGAAGAUAAGAGUGUUGAGAGUAAUGCAAGAUGGUGGAGGGCUGGCUUGUGAAGCUUCAGAGGGAGGCAGAGAUCCUUUUUAGGCCAUUUAUGCGAUACUGUGAAUGAAGAUUCUGUGGUUCAGGUCAGUGGAGCUGAAGAAUCAGAUGUGAUUAAGAAGAGGCAAGCAUCAUGCUUUGGGACAGUGUAAACUUUUUCUUUUCUUUUUUUUUUAGAUUUAAGAAGGAGUCACCGGGCAUAAUGGGAAUUUAGGACGUGGUGAGAGUUCAAGGCCAGCCUAGUCUACAUGAUGAGUUUCAGGCUAGCCUGGGCUACGUAGUGGGACCUUGUCUUAAAAAAAAUGUAGUCAUAUGGGUAGACUUUGCCCUCUCCAGGUCAAAUGUCUUUUGUACCUAGUUGUGUGAAUGUGGUGAGUGAGCAAGAGGAAGCAACAACAGCACCUCGUUUCUACUUUCUAUAGACUUAAGAUAUUUUAGUGGAAAUAAAAUAGUUUUAAAUAAAGAAUCAGCAGUCAAAAGCGCACUCAUUUCUGUGAGCUUUAGUUUCCUAUCUGUAGAAGACUGUUGCCGCCUGCUUUACAGGGUUAUUCUUCUAAGUGCCGUGUAGCUAAUUUCCUGCAUACAAUAGGCUCUCUUGUAUUAGCUGGGACAGGCCUCUGGAAGAUGGGGUGUGGGUCCUAGGAUGUGCUAUUUCUAAGUGGGCUUUCUACUCUAUUCAGCUUGGUAGGGUCUGCUGUUGGGAGCUACUGAUUCUGCAUCUAUUCUCAGAAGUGUGUUAAGAGUCCCUCCUCCCCCUCUCCUCAUUUUCCUUUUUAAAAUCAGUCUUGCCCUUGAUAUGUGGGAAGAUUUAUCUUAACCCUCCCUUUCCUGCCUGGAAGCUCCCUCGGGCCUUUCCUGUUGGCUAGCUGUCAGCAGGUGGGCACAGCCUCCUACCUCACACCUACUCCUCCUGGAAGCUGCCUUUAGGCUUCAACCCACUUCGCUGGUCACCCUCCUGGGAUAUUCUCACAGUCAAAUCAUUCUCCUGCUAGUUACUAUCUUUGUCUUUAAUGCCCCUGGAAAUUCCUAUUAAAAGCCUUUAAAUCAGGGCUCUUCUCUUCUGGGAUUUUUGUGGGACUUCAAAUUCCACCUACCAGGACCCUGGAGACCACCAAACCUCCCCUGUGUAAGAAGUCUGCUAGGCAGCUACCCUCUCAGAGUCCUCCUUUGGGCAUACCCCUCAGCCCUCCCGUUCUUUAUCAGCUCUGAAGUGUCACACCAAAAAUACCUCCUCUAUGCCCCCCCUCCAUCUUCGUUCCCAGUCGCUGGGGAGUCUUCACUGUCAUUUAAAUUAGGCUCCGUCACAGUUUGUUGUUCUCCUCCAGGCCCCAGCCUCACUGGGGUUCUCUGCAUGUUCCAAAUCCCUCUCCAAACAUUAAGGAUUCCAGUGGCCCCUGGACCUAGAGAAGCCUUGUAGUCAUGGCCCAGGUGCCCAAGGGAGCUUGGCACACCCUCUUGUCUCUGCUCUCCUGGGUGAAUGGUGGGUCCUAGCUGGAGCUCAGAGCCUGCUGUGACAUGUGGUUCCAGUCCCCUAUGGCUUGGAAAUAAGGCCAGCCCUCUCCUGAACCACAGACCCUGGAGUGAACAGUGUGCUUCUACUGCACUGCCUACUGUCUCUUCUGCUAGAAGAUGGGAUUUCAGGGCUUUCCAAAAUAAGUGUGUGUGGGGGAGGGAGCACAGUACAAUUACCUGUAUACAACCACUUGCUAAAUCGACUGAGCUCCUGUAAUGAUUUGAUUUCUGGAGUAAUUCUAAGCCUCUGUCUACCUCUGCUUCCUCUGGGAAGACACACUCAGCUCACUUUUUGAGGGCUCCGUUAGUGGUAAACAGAACAAUACAGAUAGGAAAAAAAAAAUGCCUGGAGUUCUGUCUUCAGAAAGUGUGCAGGACCGGCAGGUCUGUGUCAGUUUGUAGGCGGGUUUUAAUGAGGUGGCUGCUGCUCCUCCUAGACACAAUGACACCUGCAUUCCACUGUCCCUGCGUUCAGGAAGAGCUCCAUCUGAGCGGAGUCGUCUGUGCAAAGAUUCUUUUAUCUCAGAUUUGGCCCAGGUUGAGCAGAGGAAGGAGAAAUAGCAUGGAACCCCACCCCCCUCCCCAAAAGGGUUAAUGGAAUGAGCAGGAGAAUAGGCCAAGACUAAAAAGAAAUAACUCACAUUGGUCACCUGGAAACAGCUGUUAGGCCAGAGGAUAAGGCAGAACCUGGUGGAGACAGGUUCAGGAGACACUGCCUGAAGGAACAAAAGGCUGCAGUAGAAGACUAUGGAAUAGCAUGACAGAGAUCCAGAGGGAACUGAGACUGCCAAAAACUCAAAGGCACAGCAAAGAAAUAAAAUCUGCAUGGGAGGCCGUAAAACCCAGGAGUGGCAUAGAGACAAAUUGACAGGGUGGUGUGGUGCAAAUACUUCACACACCAUUCAGUGCCGUGCAGAAGGACAUGAGAUGAAACAGCCCAGGGGAGCAGGAGAAACGGAAAAUAGUCAGGGGCUGUCAUUCCCAGGCAGAUGACUGCGGAUGUAGAAAGCGAAGGUAUGGAGGCUGGGGAAUCAAGCUGCCUGCCCUAGAAAGUACCAAGCCAUUGGCCAUAGAGUCCCCUGUUUAGCCUUGGACUCAAAGAGCAGAGGGUUUUAGGGAGAAAUGUUGGCUGGUUUAUUUGUUGUCUGUGUGCCAACUCCUGUCCCUAAGCCACCAGAACAUUGGCUCAUGGCUCGUGAGGACAGUUGGGAUAGGAUUGGACCUGAAGAUGCCUUCUUGGGCUGCCCCUCACUCACUUCUGCAGUCUUCCUCUUGCUUGCACGGCAGACUCUUCCCAGUCACAGUGACCUGUGAAGGGGAGUCCUGCUGGCUCAUUUCAAAAGUCGUUUAUUCUUUUCUGCAAAACCACAGCCACAGAAUCCGAUGUCCCUUUAAAUAAAAAGCUCAAUGUUAGGCAGCCUAAAGAGUCCUGCCAUUGCAAAAGCGCUCACCAAAGCCACUGCUUUCUUUCAUCAUUUGGCGACAGACUUAUUUUCACUGACGCCAUCUCUUCACUAAGUUAGGAUUAGGGGAUGCUGUGUCUGCUUGGUCAGCUUGGGGCAUCAGGAAGUAGAGAAGGGCUAGGUUGCUACACUGGGACCUGAACCGUGAUUGUGGCUCACAUACAGCACUCAUGUGUUCUGCAACACGGAUAUGCUUAUUCCCAACAUCAGAAAAGGAGUGCGUUUGUUUAUUCAUUCAUCCACCCACUUAUUACUUAUUUAAUUUCCUUCAAGAAAGAAGACUCUGGAGUGUGAGGUCAGGAUUCAGAAUGACUCCUCUUUUCCAUUCCAGCUCUGAAGGACAGGGGGCUUUGUUGUCUGAGAAGGGGUGCGACCAGGGAAACUGCCCCUCUGGGAAUUGCUGUGGGCAUACAUUUAUGGUUCCUGGGCCUUUUCCUUUGUUUGUUCUUGGUGGGAAGGUGCAGAGGCCUAGGCUUCAAGCCUCUCUUUUUCUGGGAUGGUUGAGGCUUCCCUAGGACAAGCCAACCUGAGAGAGGAGCGGUAGAGUAGUGCCAAGGCCACGCCUCUCCCAAGGAAGCGCAGGUUAUUAACUGGGAAUUCUUUACAGCUGGCCCGGAGGAAGCUUUUGGCUGUAAACUGUCAUGCACCGCAGCAUUCCUUGAAAAGGCUGCGAACAAGUUUCUGAGGACAAAGAUCAGAGUCAACCACAGAAGACAAAAUAGCUAACUAAUCCCUGAAAGUUGCUUCUAGCCCUACCCGGGAUGCGGCUUCACUGACUGCACUGUGGAGUGCAGAGAUUUCACUGCUCAGGGUAGAAAAGUAACAUUAUUUAUU